UUAGAGGUGUUACAUAAGAGAGAGUGUUCUCGGAAGAAUAUUAACUAAACUACAUUGAGACCACACAUUAAUUAAUAUUGUGACAAACAUUUCUUUUGGCUUCUCUUUAUUUCAAAACAAAAUCCAAUAAGGUAAGAGAAAGUUAGAUCUUCAGGGCGAGUCCAGCAAAUGGCAAUCACCAAUGAAAAAACGACAAGAUGACACUGGAUCAUUCUCAGAAAAAAUCAUACUGUCUGAAGUGAAAGACAUCAUGAGAUGUGUCAAUAAUAGAAUACCUAACCAUGACAACACAAAGUUCAAUACCUUCCUAAGGGAUAAAAUCAAAGAUUUGGAGACGGACCAGAGGGAGCUGGUCGGUGUCUUUGGUAAAACUGGGGCUGGAAAGAGCACUUUGAUAAACGCAGUCAUCGGAGAGAAGAAUCUCUUGCCCUCUGGAAGUGUCAGGGCAUGUACCACAGUCAUGAUUAAAGUGGAGGCUAACAUGCAGAGCUCAAAGUAUGAGGCAGAAAUUGAGUUCAUUACAAAAGAGGAGUGGAAAGAAGAGUUGUGGCCCUUGGAUAAUUUCCUUGUGGAUAAUUCAGAUCAGGAAAAAAAUGAUGAUGAUUAUAGUGACUUAGUUGAAAAGCUGUCAGCGCUGUAUGGAGAAGAAUGGAAAGACAAAUCCUCUGAAAAACUCAUGGAUCAUAAAUAUUUUAGAGAAAUUUCAGAAUUUCUCCGUUCCGAAAGGAAGAUUUUGACAUGUGAAUCGGCUAAAGAGCUGUCUGCAAAAUGUGUCAAAUACACAAGAAGUGACACUAAAGACGGAGAAGGGAAUAAAGUAAAGAGGUGGUAUUGGCCACUAGUGAAGUGUGUGACUGUCAGGGUGCCUGGGAAUGAUCUUCUCCAGCAUGUCACACUUGUGGAUCUUCCUGGAAAUGGGGACCGUAACAAGAGUAGAGAUGAAAUGUGGAAAGAGAUUGUUGGGAGUUGUUCUACUGUGUGGAUUGUGACUGAAAUUAAUCGAGCUGCAGCAGAGAGAGAAUCCUGGGAGAUCCUGGAAAGUGCCAGUAGCUUCAUGGGAAAUGGUGGCCAGUGUCAGCGGAUUCACUUUAUCUGCACCAAAUCGGAUCUUAUUGAAGAUUUAAAUGAUCUUUCAGCAGCUGGUAUUCGUGCUCUCAUAUUUAAAAGCAACAUGCACACCAAGGACGAAGUGAGAAAAGAAUUCAGCAAACUUAACCAGGUUAAGAAACACUUCAGUGAUGACUGUUUCAAAGUGUUUACUGUGAGCCCCAAGGAGUUUCUAAAGAAAAAACAUCUAAACCCAGAUGAAACAGAAAUACCCAAACUUCAGGAAUUUCUGCAAACGCUCAAUGACCAUCAUUCAGAGACAUUUAACUAUGUGUCUGGAGCUCAUGGGAUUCUCUCUCUGAUGCAAGGGGCCAAAUCUAGAGAAGUUGCUGACGAAAAAACAAAAGUAUACACAGACCUUGAAGAAAAGCUGAGACAUGAACUUGACAAAGUCAGAAAACCCAUGGAAGAGGCUCAUAAGGUUUUUGAAAAAUGCCUGAGUGAGGGGGUUGAAACAUCAGAAAGUUCAUGUGUAAAAGUCUUGAGUCGUGUCUUAGAGCCUAGAUGGGUAAAAGGUGGUGCUUUUCACAAGAUAUUGAAGUGUGUUGUUAAGAACGGUGGCACCCACAAACCAAAAGGAAGGAAACAAAUAAACCUCAAUGCAGAAUUAGUUUCCCACCUGACCAACAGCAUUGAUGAGGAAUUCAAGAAGGCCUUCCCAAAUGAAAGAAAAUGUGAACCAUUCAACGGGGUCAUCAACACAUUUUCACUUGACACAGAGACGCUGAUACAAAAGCACAAAGAUGUCGAACUGCAACUGAAAUUUCUCAAGACAGAGGAAGAAAAAAUUAAGAUAAAACUCAACAAAAUCAUCCGGGAGCGUAAGAAAAAAGUCUACAGCAGUCUGAUGGCAACAAUCGAGAUGACCAUGGAAAAGUGCUAUACAAAAGCAGCCGCAUUUCGAGGAGCGGGUGUGCUGCAAAACAUGAAGGACACUAUUGAGAGACAUGUUCAUGAUUCAAAGAACACCAUGUUUGAGCAGGCUAAAGAUGUUAUGUUGAACCAGCUGAGAGACUUGAAGGAGGAAAUCCUGAAGAUACUGGAGGAAACAAUUCAGGAAUCAAUCGACCUGUCACUCAAGACAGAUGCUGUCUCAAUCCCAGAUGUUACAGCAGACCUUGAAAUGGUGAAGAAAUACCACAAUGACAGGGAAAACAGAUGAAGAAACACUAAUUUGUGCUGAUCCACCUGGUCCAGCAGCUGCACCGUGACACGUGCAGGUUUGCUCAGUGGGGAGAAACAGCAGAAGUCUGAUUAUCCACUGAAGCUCUCUGCGGUCACACAGUCAAUCCUCUGGAUUUGGUCUCAUCCAUUUUUAUCAAGUUAUUUCUGUCCUCUUUGAGUUUUGUUUUGAUGUCUACUUUAAGAUUAUUUGUUGUGAAUUAUAUGGAGGGAUUUUAGAUUUUUAUUUGGGCGGGAACAACAUUUUUGAUCUUUAAAGGGGUAGUUUUCAGCGGCCACUAGAAGUGCGGUUUUAAGUUUGAACCAGGUGUGUGCUCGUAUGCGUGCUCGCUUCAACUCAUGGCACAGCAUGUCGGCUGUGGCGCAGUGAGACUCCUGCAUAAUGGCACAGUACUCCCAGAAAAAAGGCAGUGUGACAGUGACUAUAGACAAACAGGGAGAACAGACUGGAAACACAGGUAAACCCCUACUGCAACGUUACAGUAAUAGUUUUAUCAGCUGCAAGUUAAACUUAUCCAUGCUGGUUACAUGAUAACAUUUACUGCAUUUAGCUGACAUGCUACAUCAGCGUUAGCUUGCCUGCUGCUUUUC